UUCUUUUGUUUCUCAAUUCAGAAAGGCACCUGAUCAGGCUCCCCCUUCACUUUUGCCAUGAGCUUAACCGGGUUUGAAAAGCGCUAUAUACAUUUACCAGUGUCUACCGAAGAAGAUUUUCUAAUAAGAAAGAUCCUUAUGACCCAUGACCCUGAUGGUCGUCAGCUGGAUGCUCAGCAAUUGCUUCAUGCUGUGAAGAAUAUUAUCCAUCGUGCUAGUCCUGUAUCAGAAGCUGAUUGUCAUCAAGAAAAUGUGGCCGUAUGGGAUGCUGAUGCAAUUGGAUUACAUGAUUCGCUGGGAUACACCAUCUUUAAAAUCUCACAUGAGGUACUGAGCAGAUGCUUUGAAGGAGGGGAUAUACACACAAAGACAAUGUCCUUAUUUGACAUGUUAGGGAAAUUUAGAUGGGAUGCAAAAGUAGUUCUAGUUGUUGCAGCAUUCUUCACAAAUUAUGGUGUAUUGCAGCUCCAAGUGCAGCUUCAAUCCCGUAAUCCCUUGGCAGCGCUAGUUGCAUUACUUAGACAAGUGCCAUCAGACGUGAGUGGGUUCAGGGCGCAAUUUAAGGCAUUUACACUGUUAGUAAAGACCGUCAUGGAGUUGACAGAAGUUAUCAUUGAAUUUGAAAGCCUGCCUUUGCAAAAAGAACUUUUGGAGUACAAGGUCAUAUCUGCUGCGAAGUCAAAAAUCUACUUGGGCAGCUACUGGAUUUUUAGGAGUUCAUUGGCAUGUUUUUCUUUCAUUGCAGACUUGAGAACCAGAAAGCAGGACCAAGUGCAUGUUCUUUCCCUUCAUUUACCUCUUUUUUAUUGUUCUUUUCCCCAUGUUAAUGAUUAUAUGGUAAUAGCAUACACUUCGCAUGUUACUUGCGUCAUGUAUAACCAUUGCCAGCAUGCGGAUUCUUUCUUCAGGAAUUCAAAUUCUAUAACAAUUGCAGCAUGGACAAUGCGCAAUUUAGUCUACAAAUUGAGCGCAUUGUACUGCGACUUGAGAGAGCAGGUCAAAAUGUGCCAUCAGCAAAUAGAUUCAAGGUUGUAUGAGAAACUACCAAAUCUAUUCAAUCAGAUUCAUGUCGAUAACCAAGAAAAGCUGAAGAUGCUAAUUGCUUCUGGGGAUAACUUCCCAUUGAUGGAUUGUUUAUCAAAAGAAAAGCAUAGCAUCUCUGAACUGAAAAAUAAGGUGGUCAUCCUUCUAAUAUCAAAGCCUGAGCUCCUCCCUAUUGAGAAAAUCUUCCUGCUGGUGCAUCAGACAUACGAUCAUCCCCACCAGGAGAAAAUUGGAGGGAGCUAUGUUGUUUUAUGGGUUCCACUCUCAUCUUCACAUGGUUGGAGUCACGCAGAUAAAAUCAGUUUUCAAUUUCUAUCAGGUUCCUUGCCAUUUUGGUCAUUAAAGCAGCCAGGGUUACUAAAUUCAGCAGUUGUCAACUUCAUCAUACAAGAAUGGAACUUCAAAGAGGAGGCCAUGAUGGUUGUAUUGGAUACUAAUGGCAUGAUCACAAAUUCAAAUGCAAUGGACAUGAUAUGGAUCUGGGGUGCCAAAGCAUUUCCAUUUUCAAUUUCUAGAGAGAAAGAGCUCUGGGAAGUGGAGAAGUGGACACUACAGCUCAUGAUUGAUGGUAUUGAUCCUUUAUUGACCAAAUGGAUCGAGGAAGGUAAAAAUUUCUGCAUUUUUGGAAGUGGGAACGCAGAUUGGAUCAGAAAUUUCAGUUCCAAAAUCAAGGAAGUUAGUAACACAGAACUUCAGCUGGAGGUGAUUUAUGUUGGCUGGAGGAGUCCAACUGAAAAAUUACAAAGCAUUUUACGUAUUAUCGAACAAGAAAACUUGUGUACAUAUCUCACAUUCACAAAGAUUCGUUUCUUUUGGCUGCGAUUGGAGAGUAUGAAAAGUUUGACUAGUCGCCAAGAAAACAAUGAUGAUGAUAUGUCGAAAGAGAUAUUGGGAUUGUUGGAAGUUGACGACAGUGAUGAUGGAUGGGUGCUCAUUGGGACAGGAUCUUUGCCAGGCCUGAUAAAGCUUCAAGGACAGAAAGUUACAGAAUUCUUUGAUCUUUUCCCCUUCUGGGCUGAAAAUUUAGGGACUAUGGGAAUAGUGGGUGCUAUUAAAAGUGCCCUUGAGCCUACCCUUUCCACAGGACCUUGCGAUCAUGCUGAAAUUCUUGCAUUCAAUGAGGGAUUGUUAAAGGGGCCUGUGUUCUGUGCAGUAUGUAAACGCCUGAAGGAGAAGUAUGUACUCUACAAAUGUGAUGCAACUGAAUAGAAAGUUGCAAAAUUUCCAGUCAUUUAACCAUAUAAAAUAGGAUGAUCAGCAUGUCAGGGGGAUAAGCAAGUAGCAACCAAAGAAAAUGAACU